AGAUCUCCUUAUGAGGCCAUGUUUGGCUGUACUGCCAGAACAGGACUAUUAUCGAUUGGUCUACAAAAUGAUGAAAUAAAUUCAUUAAAAACAGAAGAAGAUAUAGAAGAAUUGUUUAAUCAAAUGCAAGAAACUGGAUUACAUGAUUCAAAACAAAAUAUUGAAGAGGUUAUUUCUCCAAUUUCAGAACAGCAAGAAAUAUAUGAUAAAUACAGAUACAAACCUAAGAAAAUGUGAAACAUGUUUUAUUUUCCUGGAAACUGACAAUGAAAGUACUAAUUGCAUGAAUUGCCAACGUCAUGAGCAAAUACAGAAUGAACGACAUAAAUCAAGUGAAUGCUUAAAGAAACAAACCAAAAAAAUGAUGACUAUUUCAAAUAAGAAAUUUAGUUCACUAGAAGUUGGUACCACAGUUAAAGUUUCAAUACCUGAUGUUAAUCGAGGUGUAAUUGCAAACUAAAGUGCAAAACAAACAAAUGCAUUUGUCGUUUAGCGGGAAUAUUGUGCAAUUCAAAAUGUCACAACAGCAUGCAUUGCGAAAAUAAAUA